ACGGAAUAGAUUAAAUUUAAUCUAUUCAGUAUUCUGUCUCUGUGGCCGAAACGCCGUCAUCAAAAUAUUCCGUGUUCCGAACGAUUAAUUACGAAUCAGUUAAAAAACAUAUUAUCAUCUUACUCCGAGAUAUUAUUAAUAUCCUAUUGUUGAAUCUUCAUCCGAGUUUUCGAUUCCCAUUCCCGACUAAUGGUCGACGUUCUUAGCUGCGCGAUGUAACACUUCGUCUUCGGUUAGAACUCUCGACGAAACAAUGGAGUCCUGCACGUCGGCUUACCAAAACCUAAACGAAUCUGACCGCAGGAUCAGCAAUGCCUUCACCGCUAAGAGACAAGCACAAGACUUCGAAAUGAGCAACGUGACCGUCGUGCCCGAUGAAACGUAUACAGUCGCUCAAGCUGUGGACGCUUUUGGAUUCGGCAGAUUUCAAGUGAAGUUGUCACUGUUCACCGGACUUUGUUGGAUGGCUGAUAGCAUGGAAACGACCAUAUUGAGCAUUUUGUCACCCACUUUGCAAUAUGAAUGGCAGAUAACACUUUUUCAGCAAGCUCUAGCAACAACUGUUGUUUUUAUGGGCAUGAUGUUGAGUUUACCAUUUUGGGGAUCAUUCAGUGAUAAGUUUGGUCGAAAAACAGCUUUGACUCUAUGUUCAGUGUUAUUGUUCUAUUUUGGUAUUCUUAGCUCGAUGUCACCCAACUAUACGUGGUUAUUGGUUUUACGAGGAUUAGUUGGAUUUGCUAUUGGUUGUUCUCCACAGUCUGUUACGUUAUAUGCAGAAUUUUUACCUUGUAAACAGCGGGCCAAAUGUGUAGUGUUACUUGAUUGUUUUUGGGCACUCGGAGCAUGCUUCGAAGUUCUUUUAGCCCUAAUUGUGAUGCCCACGUUAGGAUGGAAAUGGCUUUUAGUACUGUCCACAGCACCAUUGCUUGGUUUCGCAUGUGUGUGUCCGUGGUUACCUGAAUCAGCAAAAUAUUUAGUGACCAAUGGCCAAACAGAUAAGGCAAUUGACACUUUAAAAAAAGUUGCUUACGAUAAUGGAAAACCAAUGCUCUUAGGUAGAUUGGUCGUUGACGAUGUAGUUCUAGAAGAAAAACGUGGUAGUUUUACUGAUCUUCUGCUGCCGCAACUCAGAGUCUCGUCUAUAUUACUCUGGUUUAUUUGGUUGGUAUGUGCAUUUUGCUACUAUGGAAUUGUGUUGAUGUCUACCGGCCUGUUUGAGAGCAGUUACAAUAAUAGGACAUGUUCGGCAAAUUUGGACAGCGGAAUUUUUAAGACUGUGCAGUCUUGUACUGCAGAAUCUCAUUAUUUGACAACUCGGGACUAUAUUGAUCUUCUGUGGACAACACUUGCAGAAUUUCCUGGGAUAUUUGCCACCAUUUUUGUGAUUGAUAGAUUUGGUCGAAAGAUAACGUUGGUUUUUCAAUUUACAUUAUUUGCUAUUACUUUAUUUUUACUAUUUCAGUAUGCUAAAAAUCGAGUAUUGUUAACAAUCAUAUUGUUUUUGGCGAGGGGUAUUAUUGCAGGAGUGUUCCAAGCCGUAUAUGUUUAUACUCCUGAGGUUUAUCCAACGCCAUUGAGAUCCAUAGGAGUCGGAACUUGCAGUGCUAUGGCUCGCCUAGGUGCUAUGGUUACGCCAUACGUUGCACAGGUAUUACUCAAGUCAUCAUUUAAUACUUCAAUAAUCAUUUACAUUACAGCAGCUCUACUGGCCGCUAUAGCGAGUUCAUUAUUGCCAAUAGAAACUAAAGGAAGGGACAUGAAAGAAGAAUAUAUGGAAAAAGAUUAGGUUUAAUUUAAAAAUUCUGAUUUUAUGAAAUGUACUAUUUUUCGUAUCAGAAGUGUAGUUUACCAUUCACCUAGGGAUUUUAUUGUUAUAAAAGGUUUGAUUAUUUUUUAUUAUAAAUAGUGGUAGUUUUAGUAGUACUGUGUAAGUACUGUUUAUAUGAUGGUGUUAAAAGGUUUUAUAUCUAGAUACUUCUAAUUUUACUGGUAAACUCUGUAAGAAGCCAGUAUCCAUGGAUUCAAACCGUUUAACCCCAUCAUACAAACUUCCUAAGUGUAGCAACUAUACUCUAUUCCAAGUGAGCUUGGAAAAGCUUCGAAUGGUAGGACCGCUGUGAUUGGCCAGUUGUUGACAACGCAACAAUGGCAGUCAAUGAGACUGCAUGUGUGCAAACCGCAACGCAUUUUCGUCAUAAUUUUUCCAAACUUAUUUGGAAUAGUGUAUAGAAUUAUCAAAAGGACUUUAAAAGAAUAUAAAAUAUUACUAUUUUAAUUUUUGUAUUUAUCUAUAUUUCAUUCACACUUUAAAGGUUCCUCGGCGGCAGACUUUUACAGGGGCGUGGCCAUAAUACACAGCCAGAAUACAACGGAAAAUGGUCGCCGCUGAGGAUCCUACUUAAUAUGAAUGGAGUAUAUUUUGAUCAUAUACUCGUGUCUAAUAUGUACCACAAUAUUACUCAAUGACUUCCUGCUAUCUGAAAAAUAAGAUUGUCUUAAGAACCUUAAGCUUGUGCCAACUGCUAAGAGGCUACUAAAUAAUAACAUAAUUUAUGUUAUCAGUCUCUUCACAAAAAAGAUCCUUAUGGUUAAAUAUGUUAGGUAUGGAUUCUCAGUCCUUGCAUGAAAUUAUGAUUGAACCAUAAUUUUUAAUUUGAAUUAAUUGAAUUCAAAAGCAGAAGCAGUAUGGUAAACUACACUUGAUCCAUAUUUUAUUUUAUUAAGUUGUAAAUACUGUUAUGAUUUUUUUGUUUGUUUGGAAAAUGUGUCAAAUUAUUAAUUAAUAUUGACUUAAUAAGAAAUGAAAACCUAUUUUAUUUCUACUUGUAUGAUAAUAGAACUAAGUAUCA